AUGCCAUCCGCAAACCAAGCCCCCACAUCACCCUCCCCAACCCCACCACCCCAUCCACCCACAGCGCUCACGCCCGGCAAACGCGCCACAGCCCUGCGCGACAUCUACACGAAAACGCUCGCCGCGACGCUCUCCUCCAUCACGUACGCCACGUUCGCCGAAUGCUUCCCGUCGAUCGACGCACAUGCGCUGCAGGCACUGCAUGCGGAUAUGGUGGGUAAGCUGAGGGUGUUCGCGAUGGCGGAGUUUGAGAGGGUGUGUGAGGAGAGAGGGGUCGUGGAGGGGUUGAAUGGGCUAGAGGAUGUGGUGGAGGAGGGGUGGAGGAGGAGGGCUAGGAGUAGUGAUGAGGGGGUGGGGAAAGUGGUUGCGCCGCAUACUUUAGCACCGAAUACCCUGGUUCAGGGCCAUGUGUACGCGGUGUUGAAUAGUCAGCAGAGCCAGCUUAACGCGAAGCUGCAGACGGCGCAGAGUCAGAAUGCUAGUUUGAGGGAGAGGAUGGAGGAGCAGAGGAAGGAGAUUGAGGGGUUGGUUGGGGGCCUUGAGGUGGUGGUAAGGGAUUUGGAGAGUGCGGGGAGGUUGGUUGGAGAGGAAGGGGAGGGGUUAGGGGGUGCAGAGUAG